AUGGCCUCGAAAAUUUUGAAAUUUUCCGGUCAUAAUUACUUUAGACAAAGAUUGAUUCUCGCUAUUUUAAGUGGGAAACCUGUUAAAAUUGAUAAAGUUCGUUCGAACGAUAGUGAUCCUGGAUUAAAGGAUUUUGAAGCAAGUUUUUUAAGAUUAUUGGAUAAAGUUACAAAUGGAUCAAUAAUAGAGAUUAAUUAUUCAGGUACAAGCGUAUUAUUUAAACCUGGUGUAAUUACAGGUGGAACAAUAAGUCAUGAUUGUGGUACAGCUCGCGCAAUUGGAUAUUUUUUGGAACCGAUGAUUGCAUUAGCACCUUUUUCAAAGGAUCCAUUUAAUCUUAUAUUCUUUGGAAUAACAAAUGACAAUGUGGACACGUCGGUAGAUAUUAUUCGAACUGCUGUUAUGUUACAGCUUAAGAGAUUUGGUAUAGAAGAAGGCUUGGAAUUAAAGAUUUCUAAACGCGGUUCUCCACCUCUCGGCGGCGGUGAAGUCAAUUUUAAAUGUCCAGUCGUGAAAUCUCUUAAACCAAUGCAGUUCACUGAUGAAGGUCGGAUAAAACGUAUCCGUGGUAUCGCAUGCUGCACGCGUGUAUCUCCUCAAAAUGCUAACAGGAUGAUAGAUGCUGCAAGAUCAGAUUAUGAGAUAUAUUACCGUCAAAUAAUGACACACCUUACAUGUGGGACUCGUGGGUUUGAUAUUGUCAAACCCAUGAGUCCCACAUGGAAGUCAAAUCAUAUUUGUAACAGAUCUCCAGGAUUUGCGCUUUCUUUGGUUGCUGAAUCAACAACAAGUGCUCUCAUAACUGCUGAACAAGCUGCAAACCCAGGCGAAACACCAGAAGAUCUUGGCAAACGAACAGCAAAACUUUUACUUUCUGAAAUACGAAAAGGUGGUUGCAUUGGUUCAUCAAAUCAAUGGUUGAUGCUUUUAUUGAUGGUCCUGAGUCCAGAAGAUGUAUCAAAAAUCAGAUUAGGACAGUUGACAGCUUUCACUAUACAAUAUCUUCGAGAUAUUCGAGAUUUCUUUGACGUUACAUUCAAAAUAAAGCAGGACCCAGAAUCAAAUACAUUACUAUUGACAAGUGUUGGUGUUGGUUACAUUAAUUAUAACAAAAAAACCACCUAG